AUGGUCGCGGCCACUCAACCCCAACAACCACCAUCUACGGCUACUGCUUCCACAGCGACGACGACAACAUCAGCUGAAGAAGAAGCCUUGAAAAGGAAUACUGAUUGCGUUUACUUUCUUGCUUCUCCUUUAACCUGCAAAAAGGGAAGUGAGUGUGAGUAUCGCCACAGUGAAUAUGCCAGGGUUAAUCCCAGGGAUUGCUAUUUUUGGUUGAAUGGCAAUUGCUUGAAUCCCAAAUGCGGUUUUCGUCAUCCGCCCCUCGAUGGCUUGUUUGGCACCCAAACAACAGCAUCUGCUGGAUCUUCCUUGCCGCCACCACAUACUGCUUCUGCAGCUGCCACACAUGCUCCUCACAAUUCAGGCAAACAAGCAGUCCCUUGCAUUUUCUUUCAGCAGGGAAUAUGCUUAAAAGGUGACAGAUGUGCUUUCUCCCACGGACCAACUCAUGCUAGUAAUAAAGUUUCUCAACCAAUGGCACCUACCCUUGGUACUGAUGCCCUGCCUCCAAAAAGGUUUUUGGUGGCCUUCAAAAAGGCUGUUGAAGCAACCCCUGUAUCUAAACCUGUGUCAAAAGCUGAAAUUGGUCCAGCAAGAAACAGUGCUGGUGUUGUAAGGAAUGUAGUGCCACCUAAAAGCAUGGAUGGUGUAGUUCCUAGAUAUAAAGCAGAAAAUCUUCCUCCUGAGGUCAAUGGAAAUUCAAGUCGUUCCAAUCGUUUGCAUCUGCCGCACGUAGCAGAUGAUCAUGUUAUCCAGAAUGGGAAGGAUGCUGAUGAGUAUUUGAGGGAGUCCUCUCCUGGUUUUGAUGUUCUUGUGGAUGAUGAGUUGAGGGAUUCUGAUUAUUACCAUGGUGAAGAUCAGUUUGGAAGGACAAGAGGUCAUGAAGGGAGGAACUUGAACUCUGUUGAUGACUAUGACAUGGGUCAUUCUGCAGAUUAUGGUUCAUUGCCUGAUGACCAAGAAACGUAUCGUGAUCCACGAGGCUAUGAUUCCUAUGAACGUAUUCAAGGGCAGCAUGCUUGGGAGCAGCACAAGGCUUCGUCAGAAAGAAAGUUAGUGGCACCAGCACAUCUGGAAAGGCGAGGUUACUCAAAAGCUGAUUGCCCAGAGCACAUUGAGGAAUCAGAUUUGCGUUAUCGUUUAUCGAAACAAAGGAGGGUUAACGGCUUGAGAUCAGUUGUUAGUAACGAUUUUGUCCCAGACAACCAUGUUGAGGAGCGAGGUUACCGGGGUUCUUCACGAAGGGACUCUCAUCACUUACCCUCACAUGAGAGCUCCAUUAGUAGUCGUCUUCGUGGUAGAAUAAAGCUUCCAGGAAGAUCUCCCAACGAAGGUGGUGACUUGCGUGCAGGAAGAGAAAUUGACAGGGGCAGGAAUCGGGGAAGAUCAUCACCAGCAAUGUCCCUGAUCUCUUCCCAACAAGGGAGGCUCCGGGAUAGAAUGGAAGCUAGGGUGGAAGAGGAUUACAACGAGGGGAGAAAUAUUAGAGUUGGUCCCCGUGUGAGAAGAGAAUUGAUAGAUGAUAAAGACACUGAUUUUGCUGCUCCUAAAAGCCUUGCAGAGCUGAAAGGUGGGAAAAAUGCAGAUGGUAAGUUGCAGCAAUCCCUUGGAAAGCGGAAGUACUUGGAAGAUCAUCCCCCAUCUGAUACUGAUCUCGCAUUUGAAGGGCCAAUGCCUCUAAGUGAGAUUCUUAAGAGAAAGAGAGGGGCUGAAGCUGCAGGCUUUGGUAGCAGAAUAUCAUCUGUUAUCACGGACAGCAAUAAUCAGAAUGAAAGAAGGCAAAGCCUUGUCAUCAAUUCCAACGAGGAAGUUGCAGAGACUCAAAGUGGCAUUUCCUCAUUGAAGGACAAUGACAGUAGCCAAAUGCUCAAAGAUAAAGAACCCAAGUUUGCAACUGAUGGUGCCAUUGGAACAGAAGAAGAAAAUAUUGAAAUUGCUCAUGGUCAGUCUUCUCAACUACCGAAUCCAAGUAAGAUUGAGACUGAAGAUGGGAUGGUUGCUGAUGACGGAAUAGAAGAUCAUGAGUACGAAGGUGGUGAUCAGAGGGAUGGUGAUUAUGAAUAUGAGCAGGUUGAUGAAGGAGAGUACAAUUACGAAGAGGGUGAGAAUAUAGAUGGUGAAGAGGAAUAUGAAGAUGAAGAAGAUGGAGAUGACUUCGCCAAGAAAAUUGGUGUAGUGUUCUCUUGA